AUGGAAGCCAUCAUUCACACCUACUACCCGAAGCGAACCCUUCUCCUCCUCGAGUAUAGAAACACCACCAACAAGACCUCUCCCCAGCCCCUGUCCUCCCCUCCAAAUGUCCUUCUCUUCGUGGGCGGACUCUAUGACAACUUUCGGAGCCCAGCCUACGUCGACGACUUGGCGGCGCUCUUCCCGCGCGAUGUUGCGGACCAGACAUGGCGGGUGAUGCACGUCCAGCUCUCGAGCAAUGGGAGGAGCUGGGGGUUGUUUGAUCUGGAUCGAGAUGUCGGAGAAAUCGCCGCCGCAAUCACAUAUAUCAGAGAAACCAUAACGCAGUCUCCCUCAACGCCAGUGGUCCUGAUGGGUCAUUCUACGGGCUGUCAAGACCUCAUGCACUAUCUCGUCUCUCCGGUGUCAACGUCCUCUCCGCGCCCAAGCGUCUCAGGCGCCAUCCUACAGGCUCCAGUAUCCGACCGCGAAGCCAUUUUACAUGCCGUCUUCGAAUCCCCCGCCGCAAAAUUAGGCUAUGAAGCAGCCUUGCAAAUCGCCUCUUCAACGCCCGGAGAGAAACACAAGACAACAAUUCUGCCCAUGGACCUCACAACGCCGCUCUUCGGCCCUUCUCCAAUCUCCAUUACCCGCUUCCUCAGCUUGGCGUCACCGGAUUCGCCAGGGCGUCCAGCCAUGGACGACUACUACUCCAGUGACCUGUCUGAUCAGAGGCUCCGAGAGACGUUUGGUCAGAUUGGCGCCGUUCCGCAUCUCCAGCCGUCAAGCCAGGGGGCGAAGAAAAGCGUGUUGGUCUUGCAGGGCGCCGACGACCAGAGUAUCCCGCCGACAGUGGAUAAAGCCCUGCUGCUCUCGCGCUGGAAGUCGGCGCUUGAAUCCACUGCGGAGGCAACGCUGUCCCCCCAUUCCCUCAUCAUCCCCCAUGCACAGCACGACAUUUCAGGCGAGUCGAAAGAAACCCGCAGAGCACGUCUGGUGGACAUGCGCAGCGCGGUGUUGAAAUAUCUUCACGACGUGGUUGGUGGCGUCGAUCUGCCCUCCGGGACCGACAACAGCAACGGGAAGAGCCCAUGGGCGAUCCUGGAGAGAGAUCUCAAGGACGUUGAAGGCGGUGAUGAGGCAAGAGAUGAGAAGCUCAAGAGCACGGAGACUUCUAAAUUAUGA